GCCCGGAACGGAGCGGAGAGGACCGCGGACGUGCUACCAUGUUGUGCGGGGCUGCCUCGGCGGCCCGGCCCGCCACCGACGAGACGCAGCGGAUCGCGGAGCAGGUAAAAGCUCAGCUAGAAGAAAAAGAAGGGAAAACCUUUGAUGUCUUCACUGCAGUGGAGUUUAAAACUCAGUUGGUUGCUGGAACAAACUACUUCAUUAAGGUCCAUGUUGGGAAUGAGGAGUUCAUGCACCUGCGGGUGUUCAAGAGCCUCCCCCACGAGAAUGAGCAGCUGAGCCUUCACAGUUACCAGGGCAGCAAGACAAAGCACGAUGAACUGGCUUAUUUCUAGCAACCUGCUCUGCUGUGUUUCCCUAGCUGGCUCUUAUGUGCAUUUUCUACGGGCUGAAAAGUGUUGAUUCAUGUGCUAACAAAGGUGGAAGAAAAUGUCUCUUUUUUUAACAUCAUGGUGGAAAAAAAAUCAAUUUUUUCUAUGCCAUUCCCUUCCUGUACAGUCUCCAAAACUGAGAGUCACAGGGCUCUCCUAUUACCUGUGCUAAUGUAAAUCCUACUUUUAUUGCACCUUAACUUAGGCUUUAGUGCAACUUAACCAGAAUACUAUGGCUGAGUCCUGUUUGUGGACUUCCUUGAUCUGGAAAUCGGAAGGGGAAUAACACCAGCACUCAUAUUUGCAGCAAGGAACAAGAGGAAAGCCUGUCUUUUCUGUGCUGUUUUGCAACCGUGACUGUAUGUGUAGAUUUUAAAUUGUAUUUUCUGGAUAAAGACCUGAUAAGAGACUUGAGUUGAAGCAAUUUUGCAAGGAAGAGAAAGAGGCUUAUAGUAGUUUGAAACAAACAUUCCCUUGGUAAUCAUGCUGUUUCUGUUGCAGCAGUAGCAUGUCAUGUCCCGUAGAGGGUGUGUGAGUUUAAAAUAGCAAACUAGCUUGCUUAUGUUCCCUGUCCUAUGGAGAAGUCCUGGAAAGGAACCUAAGCUGGACAAGCAUUUCUGCAUUUAUAACAAUAAACAUUUCUUUUGACUCGAGAUGGCAUCUGUGACUAGUGCUUUAGUGUUCUUGUCACUGGUUUUCACUAUUGAGUAUUUUUCAAUAAAAGAGCUCAGCUUUUUUU